AAGUAAUGUUUGACAGCUGUUGCGACUUGGUCGUUUGCUUUCGUGUGUCGUGCGAACUAAAAGUUAUUCAUCAAAAUUCUUGAUUUUGCGCCCGUCACCAGCCCUGAACUUCUGGUAACUCGUUAUGUUAAACAGUGCAGUUGAUAAUGUUUAUGUUUCCGCCCAUCUCGAAGAAUCUGGCAGUCAGUACCAAAUAUUGGUGAGCGAUUGUUGUGAGUUUUGAUGGUAUCUGCUGCCUUUGGUUUCUAUCCGAUUAGAUUGUGUGAAAAUGGCAAAAUCGAUUGAUGGUUAAAGUGCGCUCGUACCUCUAUUAUGGGUGCAAAAAGCGAUAGAAGCCAUAUUUCAUAGUGCUAAAAGAAUGUCGCCCUAUCUCUUAAUGGCCUAAUGGUGUUAUCAGUGUCCUGGUUUAGUGUCAACGUUUCCAGUAGAAAGUGAACCUACAAGUCUAUAGUGUUUCAGCGGCAGUAAAUUAGUGUAUGGCGUGAAACCAAAAUCUGGGCGUCUACUGUCACCUGCUGAGGCACCCACGAUAGCAGUGAAUGGUCGCAAAAGUUUUUAUCGUGUCUAAAAGGUGCAAACAAGCAGCGAAGAAGCAUCACAAGUUUUGGUGAAUCAGUCAAACAACUGUGGAAAGCGCAAUGGAUCUGGCGAACCUAUUCCUGUUUUGUCUGAUGUCGUGCGUGAUUGGCGCCGUACUGAUGCUGCUGAUACAGUAUUAUGCCUUUGUGCGGUACUUCCACCUGCCUGAGUUGGGCCGGGAGCAGGAGGAGUACCGGAAGUCGGCCUACAGCGAACCAUACGUGCUACCGGAUACGCUUCUGGCCAACAUUAAAGCACCUGACGCGGAAAGCAAAUCCACCAUCAUGGCCAUCAACUUGAUUCUGCAGUUCCUGUAUUUCGAGCUGCGGCACUCAAACCGGGUCCGUAAGUGGUUUCAUCGGAAGCUUUCGCUGGAAUUGGACGAACUUAUCAGCAAAACAACUACCGGGAAGCUGUUUGAUAAACUUUCGAUUCGAGACCUGGACCUGGGGAGUCAGUUUCCCGAGAUUAAAAACAUUCGACUGCACAACGUCGAGCUUCAUCCGGACGAGGGGCAUAUUGAGAGUUUAGAUGUGCUGCUGGAUUUGCACUACGUGGGUCAUUUUCGGCUGUCGAUCGACGCCGACAUGGUGCUGGGAAAGAAGGGAUCCCUCUCAGUUAAAGUGAAGCAAGUAUCCGGGAUUGCUCGAUUGCAGUUUACUCGUAAACCAUAUACCCAUUGGUCGUUGAGCUUUGUUGGCGAUCCAACGGUCGACCUUGAAGUCCAAUCACAGUUCCAGGGUCGCCAGAUGCAAUCAAAUGUGACGAGCCUGAUUUCAAACCAAAUCCGCAAAGCGAUCAGACGAAAACACACCUUGCCAAAUUAUAAGCUAAGAUAUAAGCCGUUCUUCAACCGCGUGGAGGAAGACUACGAUCUCAAUGAAAUUACACCGAACGGAUCAUUGGAAGUUGUAGUAGAAGAAAUAUCACGGCUGAAUGCCCCUUCAAGGUUGUCCCAUGUGUAUUGCACAGUCACUUUGGCUCACAUGCCAUGGGUGUUAGCACGGCAACAAGAUGACAACAAUAUGAUCGUUUCCUUAGAUUUGGAAAUUCACAAAGCUAAAAACCAACAAAUCGGUAUAGUAUUUAAGCAAUCCGAUCAACUGGUUAUCAUCGAAGCCGUUAUUCCAAACACUCCCGCUUCAAAGGCUGAACUCAAACGAGGCGACGUAUUACUUUCCAUUCAGGGAAAACGCGUUUCCACCAUCAAUCAAGUUGCUAAAAUAAUCAAAGCCCUGAACAGGCCAAUGUUCAUUCUACGAAUUGAACGAAUAGUGUCUGGUACCAUUAGAAAUGACGGCCUAAUUGACGACCUCGAUGAUUUCGAAGAAAUUGAUCCCAAUCUGAACAUUACAUUCACCAAAAAUGUAGAUUUGGUUCAGAUUGGUACUGCCGGGAAGGAAAAGCCGAAGUUAUCUCGCAAAAAUUCAAAAGACAGCGGAGGGGAGUCCAGUCAUUCCAACACACCAGGAACGACUCCCGUAAAACGGUCUGAUGCCGCGAAGGAGCAGAAAAAAGAUGAUACUCCGGUCAAACGUGCAGCCGAUGUUGGCACUACACCAAGUGAUAGCUUCCCUCAGCACUCGUCAAUAGAUUGUGAGUUCAACUCAUUCAUUCGUAUGGGUGACUUAUGCAGCUUCCAGUUGAUGGAGAAGUUCUCCUACAUGAACGUUAACGUUUUCGGAAAAAGCAAUGAGGAGCAUCGAUUGUUAGGCUAUUUGAACAUUCCUCUGAGCAGUAUUUUGAUAGAAUGUAGCGAAUCUCUCUUAGGUCAUCAUCUGAAAAAAUAUUCUUUGUUACCACCGGAAGCAGUUGAUGUAUCGAAUCAUCCAUUGUCCAUGCAGUCCGGAUUUGAUCAAAAUUAUUGCUACGGUGACAUCUUACUAUCAUUUGUUUGGAGUGGAUCAUCCGUCAGUAGUGCAACAUCAAUUAAAAACAGCACGGAGAACAUAAAAAAGCUCAAGCUCAUUAGCAUAAGCAAAGGAUCAGCGGAUAAGGCUGACGAAGACAAAACUGACGGCAGCACAGAUCCUAAAACGCCAUCUACUGCCUCGGCAGUACAAACCCAUGACUUCAUUCGGACUCAUUUCCAUCGUACAACGCAAUGUGACUAUUGUGGCAAAAAGAUCUGGCUCAAAGAUGCCGUACAAUGCCGGGAUUGUGCCAUGUGUUGCCACAAGAAGUGCAUUAACAAAUGCCAGAGUUCAACGGUUUGUUCGGCUAACGAAGUUGCCACACAAUCAGCCUCAGUUCCAGGGCCAGAAUUUCGUGUAACGGAAGCCGAAUCACCCACCAUUGAGGUGGAUGACUUCGUCGACAUAGUCGAAGAGCAACAGCAAGCAAAGUCCCGUUUGGAAUCCCACCGACAGAGUUUUAGUGAUUUGUUAGCACAAGGAUUGAAGCGUGUUAAUUCGGCGAACAAUCUUGCGAUACCCAUGGUAUCUUCUCUUAAUCAGAGCAGUAAAAGUUUGCCACCUACACCACAGCAUACCCCUCGCAAACAAUCCCUGGCAAACGUGAACGCAAACCCAUUCGCGAUUGUUGCUCAGAAGCUCGAGAACUUGCCGGAAAAUAUUGGCGAGUUUCAGAUGGAUCAGAUUGUGGACCUCACAGAACCGUUGAUCGAGUAUGGUUCAUCGGACACGCUCAUGGCGCUAGCCAAGAGUACAAGCAAAUCAAUCUACGCCGACUUGGAGCCGGACCAGCGAACCGAGAAGAUCAACAAACUGCUUUCCAAGCUGCAUAUAGCAUUGGAUUGCGAAACGCUCAAUCAGUCGGCAUUGAGCGCAACAAAGGAAGGCGUGACAAAAGAUGAGGGAAAAUCCAAACCCAGUAGCACCCAGCAAGUCGACGCUACCCGAUCAGCGUUCCUCACCGGCCAAUCGGAAGAACGGGUUCAAGCGCUGAGUGUCAUCAUGCUGCAUCUUUGCUCCGGACUGCAGCACGCCCAGGGUAAUCUGAACCAAUGAGAUUAGCGAUUGCUUCGUCAACUCUCGCUAGGAUCUCUGCUAGAACCAUCCGCGCUGAUCGGGCUUCUACCGGAGGAUUUUUUGAUGGAGGAGUACGAAGCAGACCAGCUACUACGAUUCGGAAGAAGUCCUUCCCCUUGCGGUGGUAGUAAUAGUAGCACUGUCGGAGGGCGGAAAAGUCCAUUCCGUUCCAGGAGGCUCACGUCUUGUCGGAAGCGGGCUAUCGGACUUUUCCAGCGCUCUGCUAGUGUUAGUAGUGGUAGCGCCAGUAGUGCCAAGAACAACACCAACCGAUGGCUUACCCCUACCUACAAGGACACUUGAAUCGACGGAGGACAUAGUGAUCACAUUUGACCCAUAACAGACUGAUUGUUGACGAUCACACGCAUCACACAACAUUAUUCUACUUAGCACAAUACACAAUAGCCAUUAGCAUGCUAUAGCUGCAAGAUACCACAGUUAGUUAUUGUAAACCUAGUGUCAACACCAAGCAAGUAUUUUAGUAGAGCUCAGCUGACAAAACCCCAUUUUAAGAAAACAACCAUCAAUUGUAGAAUUAAAGCCCAACCCGUUUGAAUCGUAGGUUUUUACCACCUAGCUUAGCGUAGAUCAAAGAAUGUUUUAGCUGGUAUCAAGGUUUGCACACAUUUCGGCUACAUCGAAUUAAAUAUCAAUCCAUACCGUAACGCAGGUAAACCGUGCUCCCUCAAAGCCCCCCGACAAAAACCGUAUCAAUAGUACUAGCCGCACCAUGACCAGUCAUAAAACUACAACCGCCGUGUGAUCCUAAUGUUAGAUUGUAUACCGAACCGAGUCCUUUGUUGCCACUGUGUCGUCGUCUGUUGUAGCUGCCAUCGACUCUCUCUUUCUAUCUACUCAAAUCUUCAUUCUCAAACCUCAGGUUCCAACGCAUCGCCGUGGGAAAAGGAACUGUAUGGCCGGAUAAGCGCGGGACUUCCCUGGGAGUCGUUUUUCUAGCAGAACGGUUAUCAGUUACUAGGGACAACAGUGAAAGACAAAACGGUAUUGACUAAACAACUACCUAUUUAUCGUGUAACUUACAACAAACUCUCCAUCUGUGUGAUUUUCUAAAGUUUUAAGGGCUGAUUUUAAAGUAGCAAGAAAUAACGUAGUAGAGUUAUUUAUAUUGUAAUUUUAAGAUUCUGUUAGAUGCUGUAACACUAAAAAGGCACUGCUUGGGUUGUGUUGAUUGAAUUUUGGACUGCUUAAAUAGUGAGUAUCAAGGAAGGGUGGUUCUCAACCUUUAGAUUUUUUAUCAAAUAAUUUAAAAUAUAAAAAAUAACAUUAUUUAUCUGUAGGGUAAGCGGUCACAGGAUAGUAAAAACUAUUUACAAACAAUUAUAAUUAGAAACAAAAACAGCGUUCUUUAUGUGACUUACUUUUAUACGUGUUUUCUGUAAAUGUUGAAAAAAAGAAAUUUUGAUUUUUUUUAAA